UUUAUGGUAAUUUGAUAUGUGGUAAUGACACAAAUUAUUUUAAAUCAGUUUGUAUAGGCCUAUGAUAUACUACACAUACUAUUUUAUUUCGCCCUGGAGGGCAUUUGUUCUCAAAUAACUACUUUUCCUGCUUUCCUCCAAAAAACAAACAAACCAUAAAUCGGUGUUGUCCGAGGCAAAAUAGGCUAACCUAAGAUUGAUUCGUGAAACAUUUAAAAAAAAAAAAAUGGCUACAUUUGACGACACCAAACUCUCUCACAUUGGAUUUCAUAGCCUAUUGAUCUGCUUCUCAUUGGCUAUCCCUUUUCUGUUAGAGACUUGCAAGCUCAUCUCACCAUUCUAUCGUUCCGUAAGGGGUCUCUGUGAUCCUGCUUUGGGAAGAAGUUGCGCCCGUCACAAACAUCAUUGAUGAAGCGUGAGGAGCCUUGACCCCGGUGUAUUUUGUAUGGCUUAGCGAGACAGGGUGUUACUUGGUGCAGGUCUCCCCAAAGGCUCCAAGCAGCCGAAUGGAAUCAGGCUGCCUCCAGACCGCGAUGGCUAUGGGUCUGACAUCGAAAAAGGCAUCUUCUCGAAACGUUGGCGUGGAACGCAAGAACCUCAUCACCGUUUGCAGGUUCUCCGUGAAGACUCUCCUUGAGAAGUACACAGCAGAGCCCAUCGAUGACUCAUGCGAAGAAUUUGUCAACUUUGCUGCCAUCUUGGAGCACAUCCUCAGCCACAGAUUCAAAGGUCCAGGCAGCUGGUUCAGCUCUGAUGGCCAGCGGAGUUUUUGGGACUACAUCCGGCUGGCGUGCAGCAAAGUGCAGAACAACUGCAUCAGCAGCAUUGAGAACAUUGAGAACAUCAGCACCUCAAGAGCCAAGGGUCGAGCGUGGAUACGUGUCGCUCUGAUGGAGAAGCGCCUUGCUGAGUAUGUGGCCACAGCUCUGAGAGACAACCGCACAACCAGGCGUUUUUAUGAGGACAGUGCCAUCAUGCUGAGGGAGGAGGCCACGGUUCUGACAGGAAUGCUCAUUGGACUAAGUGCUAUCGACUUCAGUUUCUGUCUGAAGGGGGAGGUGUUGGAUGGCAAGACUCCCGCUGUCAUUGACUUCACGCCCUACCUCAAGUUUACUCAGAGCUACGACUACCUGAGCGACGAGGACGACCGGCGCAGCGUGGACAGCAGCGCCAGUGAGGAGAGCGUCCCCGAGCAUCCCUACAUCCCGCUGGUCACGGACGAAGAGAGCUGGAGCAACAAGUGCCGCAAGAUGGAGCAGCGCUUCAAGAUCGUUUACGCACAGAAGGGCUACUUGGAGGAGCUGGUGCGCCUGCGGGAGUCCCAGCUGAAGAACGUGGAGACGGAGAACAAGAAGCUGAGCUCCCGGCUGCACGAGCUGGAGAUGCAGACACAGCUGGAGAAGAAGGAGCUGGAGGCCAUCAUACUGGAGCUCCAGGCACAGCUCACUGCCCUCAUCCCCUGUGACUCCUCCCACUUGGCCAAAAACCUGUCCAUCCCUCUGGUCAACCAAUGGCCUUGCGUAAGAUCCUCUGAGAACCACAAAGAUUUCAAGCUGUUUCGUCGGAGGAGUUUGGACAGUUUGGAUCGCUUCUCUGCUGACGUGAGCCUGAACUCUGAAUCCCAGAAGACAGAUGACAAACAAAAUGGAGAUGCUGCCUGGUGUACAACGGGGAAAGACUACACGCCCUCCAUGCUGGGCCUGUGUGGUUCUUUGGCCUCUUUGCCGAGCUGUAAGUCCUUGGCCAGCCUGAAGUCCAGUGAGUGCUUGGUGAACAUCAGCAAGGAGCCAACGCCUGCCGUUUCCCCCAGCUAGGGUGCUCUCUGACUGGGCACGAGUGGAUUUGCCCCUCCCCCCUUCCCUUCCCACCUCCCUGGAAGUUCUGCCCAUCCAUCUCAUCUGCACCACCACCACCACCUCCUUGUCCUACAUGUUACCAGCCUCUCCCCAUCCUGUCUCCCCUUUCUGAUAACUCCCCAACCACCCUGUAUCAGUCUAGACAAAAAGUGAAUCAUACUUUAAAAUCCAAGCUUGUAAGUUAUUGUUAUUGUUUCUUUUCAUGAUUUCUGUUUGGUCUGUCAGUUGACAAAUAAAUGUAGGAUUGAAACGAA